AAGUCGUCUGCAUUUCUCAACACGAUCGGGACCGCUGCGGAUGCGUGAGUUUGACGUGCUUUGGACGCUUUUCCCUUGCGCGUCGUACUCAGGCUUCACCUUUUAUCAAUCAGUGCCGUUAUAAUUCGAGUUUGAGGAGGAAUGUGGUGAAAAUGAUUGUUUGUUCGAUGGUGGUUUAGUUUGUUGUUUUGUGACGUGAAGGAAAAAUAGCAAUUUCAUCUACCGAAAGAAGAGUCAUAUUGAUAGCGGACUUUUAUCUGGAAAAACAUCGUUGAACUCGUAUUCUUCUCACUUGAAAAGAUAAUGACGGGCGAGAGCAAAGGCACAGUGUUGGUGACCGGCGGAGCAGGUUACAUUGGAUCGCACACAGUCGUGUCCCUUCUCGAGGCUGGUUAUGGGGUUGUGGCGCUCGACAACUUCACCAAUUCGGUGAACUCGGUCAAAAACGAAUCCGUAGCGUUGAAACGCGUGGAGGAAAUCACCGGCAAGAAGAUAACAUUCUUCCGCUGUGAUCUGCUCGACAAGGCUGCACUGGAGGCAAUUUUCAAGUCGCACAAGAUCGAAUCAGUGAUACAUUUUGCUGCGUUGAAAGCCGUCGGGGAAUCGAUGUCCAAUCCUUUGCUCUACUACAAGAACAAUAUGAUAGGGAUGAUUAACUUGUUGGAGGUGAUGGAUAGCUACGGUAUCUAUAAGAUGGUCUUUUCAAGCUCGUGCACGGUCUAUGGAGAACCGGAUACACUGCCCAUAACGGAGGAGAAUCCUACCGGAGAUGUUACUAAUGUUUACGGCAGAACAAAGUACUUCAUCGAAGAAAUGUUGAAAGAUGCGGUCCGAGCAGAUCCCAAAUGGAAUAUAAUAGCGCUGCGAUACUUCAACCCGGUAGGGGCGCAUAAAUCUGGGAAAAUCGGAGAGGAUCCAACAAAGCAGUUCACUAAUCUUAUGCCAUACAUUAGUCAAGUGGCAAUUGGGAAGAAGGAAGUUCUCACCAUUUUCGGAAAUGAUUACAACACACCAGACGGGACCGGAGUGAGAGAUUAUGUUCACGUAAUGGACCUGGCAACCGGACAUGUAGCUGCUUUGGACAAACUGGAACGUGUACAUUUGGGGUUGAAGAUGUACAACCUUGGAACUGGAAAAGGUGUAUCCGUAAUGGAAUUGAUUCAUACUUUCGAGAGGGUUAACAACGUUAGCAUACCGUACGUGAUUCAGGAAAGGCGAACCGGAGAUAUUUCCGCGAUGUAUGCUAAUGCAACUUUAGCGGAACGUGAACUCGGAUGGAAGGCGGUGCAUAGCGUUGAAGAGAUGUGUGAAGACUUCUGGCGAUGGCAGCAAAUGAACCCGAACGGAUACAAAAGCGAACAAAUCAAUGGCCAUUAAUCUGCGAAAUUUCUCAGUAUAGUUUUAUGUUUUUUAUACCAUCUUAUUUAUUAUGAUUCUUGUUUUAUCACAUCGAACAGUCUCACAUUCUGUAAUUUUAGUACUUCUGUCCCAAUUGAGGUGAAAUUUGGGUAAACGUUUCUAGCGAAUAUCUCCAAACAUUUCGGAUGAUCAGGAAGCAAAUCAUGAAAUAUAUCUGAAACGGACAAAUAAAUAUAUUUAUAAAACCUCA